GCAUAGCACAGGAGGUAAUCUUGCAAACUUACUCCCAGAGUGUCCAAUAUGCAUGGGCAUAAUGCGUGGCGCCAGAUUGCUGAACUGUGGGCAUACCUACUGUCAAGAUUGCCUGGAAAAAGAAUUGCUCAGGAGCCCUGCACCACACAGAUUGCUGGCAUGUUUUGAAUGCCGCACAGAGAUGGCUCUAGGAGAGGACGGUGUGAAUGGUCUCAAAAGGAAUUUCAGCCUUCAGACUAUCAUUGACAAGUAUGACAACAUGACGCUUUCUCAGAAAGAAGAGACUUCAAGACAAGAGGCAACUGAGCCAACUCCUACAGAAGAGAAGUACACAGUCAAAUGUGAAAGACAUACAAAUGAGGUAGCAUAUUUCAUCUGUGAAACAUGUCAGGGUACACUGAUCUGCAGGGUAUGUACUGAAGGAGAUCAUUUUAAGCACCACUUUGUCAGCGUCAAAGGCAAAAGUGACAAUCUUAAGGCUUCACUGAUGGAAGUCAUCGAACAACACCAGAAGCUGACAGCACAGGUGAUUGGGAGAGACCAGAGCCGAGCUGUAGAUUCAAUCGCCUGCAACAUUCAGCGUCUCGAAAAUGAAGUGAAACAAACCGCAGCAAAGAAGAUCCUUGCCCUUCAGAAAGAAAAAGACAAACUGAUUCGUCUCGUACAACAUAUUGGACAAGUAAUGGAAGAAAGGACAAACAACAUGUACUACAAUGAGAAGCCCAUUGAUAGUAUUGUUGAAAUGGUGGUUCGUGACAAUGAGUACGAUAUCACAGCAGGCUACCUUGAAGCAAUGGGGCAUCUGAAGAUGUCACUAGCUGAAAUGAAAGAAAAGACGAGUUCCAGCAUCAUGCCUGACGUAGCAAAAUGUCUGUCAUUCAAAGAGGAGGGUAGCAGAUCUACAGAUACAAAACUGUGUGAUUUAGUGCUGUCCAAUACAUGUUGGAAACCUGCAACAACAUACGUUGACAUUAAUGCCAUGGGAAACAUAUUAGCCUUCUCCUGUGGUCCCCUGGGGAACUGGUACGUACUGUGUUCAUCAGGGAGUAGCGGACAAGCAAGAGGAGAAGAGAAGAGCGUUUGCUUAAGGCAGUUGUCAAGUGAUGGACAAUGUAAGAGGAUAACAACCUUAAACCUGAAAGCAAAACCGUUGGACAUUGUCUUCACAAAAUCAGGACAAUUGUGCAUCUUGGGUCUCUGCAACAAUGUAUUGUGCCUGGCCACUGUCCAACGCCUUUCAAAGACAUCAACUGGGAUGAAACCACUUCAGGUAAAGGACUUGGUAAAUGAGACUCUGAAGGUCACUGCCAAUCAUCAAGACCAAGUUUGUGUACCUGAUAAGAAUGGAUGUGGCAUCUGGAAAAUCAAUGUGAACAACGGGACUGGUCAAAAGUUCAGCAUGGAUGACUUCCCUCAACCUGUGAAUGCUGCUAGCUGUGGAACAAGCAUCUACUGCAUCACUGCAGAGAAGCAGAUCAUCCAGAGGCAGGAAUUUCCUAGUAGCGUUCCAACUGUAUGUGAACACGACAUCAAAUCUGGUGAGCCUGUACAACUGUUGGUUGAUCCAAAGACCUGCACACUCUUGGUCGUCCACCAAAGUGUUAAUACAGACGACUCAAACUUUGAGCUAAACAUUCAUCAACUUGGACGCUCCAAACCCGUCGUUAAAGCUCUCAAUGUGAACUGGGUUCCCUCGGUUAUGAAGGUGGAUAUCAAUCAGAAAGGUAAUCUUACCAUACUACUAGCAAAGGAACAGAGUGGCAUGAUCGUCGAGUAUCAACGUGAAAAUCUGCCAUCACUUCAUGACAUUCCAGGCCUCCUUCCUCAAGAAUAAUUGCUCUCUCCGGAUCACACCUCUACUACAUCACAUCGAAGAAGAAGGUGAUGAAAAGGCCGACAAUACAAGAUGGCAUCCCAGAACCCUG